AUGGAGCUGCGGUGCGUUGGCCAGUGCUCUCAGCUUGGCGUUGGCUCGUUCCCCUUCCGGGCUGGGAAGCCAAUCUUUCCACCGAUGUGGCCGGCAGCAGCAGAGUCGCCACCAACCGGGAAAGAGGUAGUGAUCUGGCGUACCGGCGUGUCAUCCCCCGCUUCCUGGGGGUAUCGCUGUGCAACCUGUCCCCCCACGAGGCAGACAGCCUGCGACAAGCAGAGCUCGAGCUCUAUGCCACCCUUCGCCAGCCGGGGGCCUUGCAGCAUGAACUCCAGCUCUUGUCCAAGAGUCGGACUGCCAUUCUUCCCGGUACGCCUCACGCAGUGCCUGCUGCUCGGCCUCCGGAAACUUCGGCAGGCUUACCAGGCACGCACUACCACUUGGCUAGCUUUGUGCCGUGCUGCUCUGCCAGCUGCUGAUGGCGAUAUGCCCGGGGAAGGUCAGGUUGAUGACCGACCGCCACUCCGUAAUUCAUCUUCUUCCCUCACAGCCUGGCUCCAGUCCGACGCAGGACAAAGACUCAUCCGUGAGCUGCGCUGGGCUUUGCUUCGGCCUGAGGCCGCUGCGGCACGUCUCCGAUCUAUGCAUCCCUGUGGGCGCCUGUCAGAUUCUACCAUCAUCAGCCUGCUCCUCCAACAUGGCGGUGCCAUCAUCUCCGAAACGCUGCCGUCCUGGGCCCCAGACUUGCCCUCGUGGUCAGAGGCCUCCUCAGCCCUGGCAGUGCCCUGCACCUGUGUCCCGGUGCUUCCUGCACCUUCAGCCUGCUGCUGGACUUGCGGUGGGGUGCGUCUCCCGGAGCUGCCCAUUGUGCCCCUACCUUGCAUCUGGUGCAAACAGUCUGGUCCUGCGGCAUGCGUUUCCUGCAACAUCACCGUUCACCCCAGGGGAUCCUGCCGCUGGAACUCUGGUGCACAUCGGGCCUACCACAGCUCCUCCCCAGCGCUCCAGCUGUGCCCGGAUUGUUGGUGCAUUUGGGCACGCCUUCUCGCCGCUAGCCCUCGCCGGCGUCGACCUACAGCCUCACAGGAGCUACUGUCGCACCUCCGUGCUGCGGCCGAACAGUGCCAGCAAGGUGCCGGGUCCUCGGCCGUGCGCAAGCCAGCCCUCCGCCUUAAGCACAUUCGCAGGUGGGCUUUGGCCUUCAUACGCCGUCACGGCGGCACGUCCGUCACUGCUCUUCAGCAGGAGUUUUGCCGUAGAGAGCCCAGCCUUGCUGACGAUGCAGCCAAUCGGCUCGUACUCUCAGCCUCUGGAGCACUGUGUGCCGAAGGCCACGCCUACUUAGAGCGAGACACGCUCUGCCCGGCGCUCGAGUAA